AGUUUCUUUCUGCUUUUGCUCGGGAUUGUUUCGGAUACGUGGCAUGCCUAUAAAUGUGAAGUUGCUGAGCUGAAUGAAAUUGGUGGCAACGGCAGAAGAUAAUAGCCUCCCUGGUUGCACGUAUUGAAAGCACCACCGAAACUUGGUUAACUAGUUGUUGGCUUGUAGUACGAGCUAGAAGAUGGACGUACCCGUUCGGCUCUACGUUGCAUGUAACGAAUCGAACCACUCAAGCGCCAAGAUUGGCGGCUGCAACAAGCCACCGCCUCAGAGAUGGAUGAGCAAGAAGCUCGGCCCAUCCUUCAUCAUGCCUAGCGGCUGCAGCACUAUAAAUCUUGCGCUCGGCGUACAUGUGCACGCAGCCACUGCCCAUAGCAGGAACAUGUCCUCUCUGCGCCCCGCCAUGCCCGUGAUCUUGGUCCUAGCGUAUGCCGUCUUGGCACUGGCACUCAGCGAGGUCCCGGCGGUGAUUGUGUUCGGCGACUCCACCGCGGACACCGGCAACAACAACUUCAUCCAGACCGUAGCCAGGGGCAACCACCAUCCAUACGGGCGGGAUUACGCCGGCGGCGUCGCCACCGGCCGCUUCUCCAACGGCCGCCUCCCCGCCGACUUCGUCUCCGAGGCGCUAGGCCUGCCGCCGUCCGUGCCGGCGUACCUCGACCCCGCCCACACCAUCCACCAUCUCGCCUCGGGCGUCAGCUUCGCCUCCGCCGGCGCCGGGCUGGACAACAUAACCGCCCAAAUCCCGUCGGCGAUGACCCUGAGCGAGCAGAUCGACCACUUCCGGCAGUACACGGAGAGGCUGAGGCGGGCGAGAGGUGAGGCGGCGGCGCGCCACAUCAUCGCCGGCGCCCUCUACAUCUUCAGCAUCGGCGCGAGCGACUUCCUGCAGAACUACCUGGUGUUCCCGGUCAGGGGCUACAGCUUCACCCCGCCGGAGUACGAGGCGUACCUCGUGGGCGCCGCGGAGGCGGCCGUGCGCGCGGUGCACGGGCUCGGCGCGCGCGCGGUCACCUUCGCCGGCCUGCCGCCGCUGGGGUGCCUGCCGCUGGAGAGGGCCGUCAACCUCCACAGCCCCGGGGACUGCAACGGCAUGUACAACAUGGCAGCCGUGAGCUUCAACCGCAGGCUCGAGGGGAUGCUGGGCAGGCUCGGCCGGGAGCUGCUGGGGGCGCGGGUGGCGUACGUCGACCAGUACGGCCUCCUGUCGGCCAUGAUCGCCAGGCCGUGGGAGUACGGCUUUGAGAACUCGGCCCAGGGAUGCUGUGGCAGUGGCACGGCGGGGUAUGUGGAGACGGGGGCGCUGUGGAGCUUGGACAGCGCGCUGACGUGCGACGACGCCGGCAAAUACGUCUUCUUCGACGCCGUCCAUCCGUCGGAGAGGGCGUACAGGAUGAUAGCCGGUGCAAUCCUAAAUGCCACGUCUCACUCGCGCUCGCACCGGUUCCGCUGACGCUUCGCUGAAUUCGGACGCCUGAUACAGCGAUUUGGCGCCAAACCUCAUUAGUUGUUUGUUUGUCUGUUUGGAUAGCUUACCAGGACCGCAACUCUGCAAAUGCUGGCUGAUUCAUCCGAGUGUUGGUGGAAGAACUUUUACACCUCAUUUGUCUGUGUUUGAAACUUUAA